UUAGCAAAGUAGCUUCUAUACUACUGCCUCUGCCAGGUGCCAUUUCAUUACUCAAAGAAAUUGAGCCGAGACCUGAGGAACAUAUACAAGAAUUGGCUAGCUUUGCUCGUUGAUUAGCAAUGGAGUGCUUCAAAACUACCCUAGCUGGGGUGGUGCUCGUCGUGCUGCUCCUGCAGCAGGCGCCGGUGCUACGGGCCAACGACCCUGACCCUCUCCAAGACUUCUGCGUCGCCGACCUCGACAGCGAGGUGACGUUGAACGGGUACCCGUGCAAGCCCACGCCGGCGGCCGGCGACGAGUUCCUCUUCUCCUCCAGGUUAGCCACGGGCGGCGACGUGAACGCCAACCCCAACGGCUCCAACGUCACGCAGCUCGACGUCGCGGGGUGGCCCGGGGUGAACACGCUCGGCGUGUCCAUGAACCGCAUCGACUUCGCGCCCGGCGGCACCAACCCGCCGCACGUCCACCCGCGCGCCACCGAGGUCGGCAUCGUGCUACGCGGCGAGCUCCUCGUCGGCAUCAUCGGCAGCCUCGACACCGGGAACAGGUACUACUCCAGGGUGGUCCGCGGCGGCGAGACGUUCGUCAUCCCGCGGGGGCUCAUGCACUUCCAGUUCAACGUCGGCAAGACGGAGGCCACCAUGGUGGUGUCCUUCAACAGCCAGAACCCUGGCAUCGUCUUCGUCCCGCUCACAUUGUUCGGCUCCAACCCACCCAUCCCGACGCCGGUGCUCGUCAAGGCGCUCCGGGUGGACGCCGGCGUCGUCGAGCUGCUUAAGUCCAAGUUCACCGGUGGGUACUGAUCUGACGAUCCGAGAGUAUUCUUACGCGGAUCUAGGUCUCUGCUACUAUAGUUGUGCGCAGUGUAUGUUAUUUGAUUGAAUAAACUUGUCGUCGCCAUCGCAGGCCACGAAUGAAACUAAAAUGUAUUACUACUGCUUUCUUGUGCUUUUCCCCUUCUAAAUAAACUAUACAUAAAUGGUAUUUUGGUAAGUGCGCCUAGUUAUCUUUUCAUUGUUGUAAAAUUGCAUUGUCAAUCUAUAAUUUUCAUUCAUGAUGCAUAAUCCAGUUCAAUA